ACUCUUCGACGGUGUUUGACAGACACGCCGCAUUCAAAUCCUAAUUCGUCGUCCACGGCUGCCAUACCCUCACUCCUCACUCCAACCGCCAGCAUGGUCCUUCAAGACCUCGGGCGGCGCAUCAACGCCGCCGUCACCGACCUCACCCGCUCGCCCACCCUCGACGAAAAGGCAUUCGAUGGCAUGAUCAAGGAAAUCUCCAACGCUCUCGUGGAAGCCGACGUCAACAUCAAACUCGUCUCCUCGUUGCGGAAAUCCAUCAAAGCCGCCGUCAAAUUCUCCGAGCUCCCCGCGCACGCCAACAAGCGCCGCAUCAUCCAGAAAGCCGUGUUCGACGCCUUGGUCGACAUCGUGAAUCCGCAUCAGACCCCGUACAACCCCAAGAAAGGCAAGGCGAAUGUCAUCAUGUUUGUUGGUCUACAGGGAGCGGGCAAGACGACGACAUGUACGAAGCUGGCGCGAUGGUAUCAGGCGAGAGGGUUCAAGACGUGUCUCGUGUGCGCCGAUACCUUUCGAGCAGGUGCUUUCGAUCAGCUCAAGCAGAACGCUAUCAAAGCCAAGAUCCCUUACUACGGAUCACUCACACAAACCGACCCAGUCGUGGUGGCGCGAGACGGAGUGGAGAAGUUCAAGAAAGAGCGAUUCGAGAUCAUUAUCGUGGAUACAUCAGGUCGACAUCACCAAGAAGAUGCGCUGUUUGCCGAAAUGGUGGAGAUUCAGACAGCGGUGCAACCCCAUCAGACGGUCAUGGUUUUGGAUGCUUCAAUAGGUCAGGCUGCAGAAGCGCAAAGCAGGGCGUUCAAGGAGACGGCGGACUUCGGAGCCAUCAUCAUCACCAAAACCGACGGCGCGGCAGCAGGAGGUGGGGCGAUUUCCGCCGUCGCAGCAACGCACACUCCCAUCGUCUUCAUCGGGACCGGCGAGCACUUGCUCGACCUCGAAAAGUUCAACCCGCAAUCCUUCGUCUCCAAACUCCUCGGCAUGGGCGACAUGCAAGGGCUCGUCGAGCACGUGCAGAGCCUCAAACUGGAUCAAAAGGAGACGAUGAAGAACAUCAGCGAAGGCAAAUUCUCGAUCCGCGACCUCCGCGACCAGCUGCAGAACAUCAUGAAGAUGGGCCCGUUGUCGAAAAUGGCCGGCAUGAUUCCCGGCCUCAGCAAUAUGAUGGGCGGCAUGGACGACGAAGAAGGCAGCAUGAAGCUCAAACGCAUGAUUUACAUCUGCGACAGCAUGACGCAGAAAGAACUCAACAGCGACGGCAAGAUCUUCAUCGAGCAGCCGACGCGAAUGACGCGCGUCGCCCGAGGAUCGGGCACGUCGGUGCGCGAAGUGGAAGAGUUGCUGACGCAGCAGCGCAUGAUGGCCGGCGUGGCGAAGAACGCAAAGACCAACAUGGCCAAGAUGCAGAAGGCGCAAGGGGCGAUGAGCGGAGGGAAUCGACAGCAGCAGAUGGCGGCUAUGCAGAAGCGGUUGCAGAGCAUGGGCGGCGCGCCGGGCGGGAUGGAUUUGAGUUCGAUGAUGAAGAUGAUGGGCGGUGCUGGCGGUGGUGGAGGCGGGGGAAUGCCGGAUAUGUCGAAGAUGAUGUCUAUGAUGGGCAUGGGUGGUGGUGCUGGUGCUGGCGGCAAGCGAUGAUGUGCUUGGGUUGUGCAAUAUCACGGGUUGGUGCAUAGCGAUGGCGUCCACGCCUUUCUAUCUGAGAGGCAUACGUGCCUGAAAUGUCUAUUCAAUUCAUUGA